AUGAACACACAACUAACAUGCAUUUGCCUUUAUAUCAUUUGGCUAUGGACUCCAGCAGAUGCAGCACAAUCAUACUAUGUUACUAAAUCUGGCAAUGAUAGAAACUUGGGAACAAAUCAAUCAGCAGCAUGGCGCACAAUUCAAAAGGCAGCUAGUCAGGCUACACCUGGUUCUACUGUCUAUAUUGGUCCAGGAACUUACUACGAAACAGUAACAAUACUUGUUCAAGGUAAUGCUAAAGAUGGACCAAUCACAUUCACUAAUUUGAUGCUAAAUACUCGACCGAUUAUUUCGGGUGAACAAGCGAGAAAUCGAUCAUCGGAUGGAACAUUAAAUUUAAUCUAUAUGGAGAACAAGAGUUAUCUACGUUUUGUCAAUCUUGAAUUGGCCAAUCUGACAAGUACGGAAUGUAGUGGAAUCAGAAUUGUUGGUGGUGGUACACGUAUUGAGCUUCGCAAUUUACUUAUUCAUCAUAUACGUGGUGGAGGAGAAGCAGGUGGAGCUAUGGCAAUUACAGUUUAUAACAAAGAUCAAAAAACGAGUCGUAGAGAAUUGAUUAUUAAUAAUUGUACAUUACAUGAUUGUCAGCCAGCUUGGAGUGAGGCAUUAACUCUCAAUGGUAACGUCGAACAAUUUCAAAUUACAAACAAUCGCGUCUACAAUAUGAACAAUAUUGGCAUCGACUUUAUCGGUGGAGAAAGUGGAAUGGGUGCUCUUGGGGCUCGUUCUGGCCGAUGUGCUAAUAAUACAGUCUGGAACAUUCAUUCGACAUAUGAUUCUAGUGCAGCAGGUAUUUAUGUAGAUGGAGGAUCGAAUAUUACCGUGGAGAUGAAUGAAAUCCAUCAUUCGGAUGCUGGAAUAGAAAUCGGAGCUGAAAAUCAAGGUCGAAUAGCGUCGAAAAUGAUCGUUCGAAAAAAUUACAUUCAUCACAAUGACAAACUUGGUCUUGCCUUCGGUGGAUACGGUCAAAAUCGAGGACGUGUUAUCAAUAGUUUGUUCGAAGCUAAUCGACUUGAGUAUAACGAUGCCAAGCGUACGGGAAGUGGAGAAAUUGUUGUUUCUUUUGCAUCCAAUAAUUCUGUCAAUGCCAAUAUUGUCAAACCGACUGCACAAAACAUUAUUCUCUAUACAGAUCCGAUUGGUAGUUUGAAGAAUGUAUUUGAUCGUCAAGUUUACUACCCGAAUGGCAGUAAAGCAACACAGAGUAGUCUCAUUUUUAAUUGGGGCAACCAACAUUAUCAAGGCUUGAGUGCAUUUCAGAAGGCAACCAAACAGGAGAUGCAUGCUACUGUAAUUAAUGGAAAAAGUGCACGGAAAUAA